CAGGGGCCGGGGUUCUUCCUACGCGCAUCGACCCCUCCAUAAUACACCUCAACUUUUUGCAUCCACGUCCACAGCUCGGCCGUCGGCACACCCACCGCCCACAAUGGCACAGAAACCCGAACACCUCAACACCUCCGCCCUCGGCACACGCGCCUACUGGGACACCGCCUACACCACCGAGCUGUCCAACUUCACCGCCGACCCCGCCGACGAAGGCACCGUCUGGUUCGCCGACGCCGGCGCCGAAGAGCGCAUGCUCGCCUUCCUCGAGACGCUCGCCGACGCCGACGUCCUCCACAAAGAAGCAGACGGGGAAGUCGCGCAAGGCGCAGAAGACGAGGCUUUCGUGGCGCCGAGCAGGUUCCUCGAUCUGGGGACGGGAAACGGGCACCUGCUUUUUGCGCUGAGGGAGGACGGGUGGGAGGGCGAGAUGGUGGGCGUGGACUACUCGGGGGUCAGUGUGAGGCUGGCGGAGGAGAUCAAAGCCACAAAGGGAGAGGAGUAUGAAGACGUGAAGUUCCGCGAGUUCGACAUUCUGAAGGGGAAGGCGGAGGGGGAGUGGCUGGGCGAGGGGUUCGAUGUCGUGCUUGACAAAGGGACGUUUGAUGCGAUUAGUUUGAGCGAGGAGGUGGAUGCGCAGGGACGGCGGGUGGCCGAGGGGUAUCGUGAGGCCGUGGAGAAGCUGGUCAAGAAGGGGGGAAGGUUUCUGAUUACGAGCUGUAAUUGGACGGAGGACGAGGUCAAGGGGUGGUUCGAUGGUGGGCAGCUGGUGUACGAGGAUCGCGCCGAGUAUCCGAGUUUUACGUUUGGGGGGAAGACGGGGAGCAGCGUGUGCACGCUGUGCUUCAAGAGGAGGUGAAAGGACAUGCGCAUGUUUGGUCGUACGCUAGUCUA